UUCACACUUUAAAUUGCUUAGAAUAGAAUUUCACUUAAAUUUUGCGAGUAAUUAAUCAUCAUGAGCCGUGCCACGUCCUUUUCGGAGUUCAGGAGGACUGCCCCCACAAGUUUCAUGACCCGCAUGCAGUCGCAGAACGUGGCCAAGGUGCUGCUGUCCAGCAGGAAGGCGCGCAAGUUGCUGCCAAAGCGACGAAUGCCCAGCUACCCAGAGUUUCGGCGUCUCAUGAAGGCAGUGUAUUUGGAUCGUCGCGCGUCCAGAGAUGCCAAGGGCCAGCCGUUGGCCAACAUGGUGAGCAUCUACAACAAGCUGGUGGAGAUGCGGCAGGCGCAAUUGGAUCGCAAACAUUGCAAGAGCAUCAAGGCCACGAUCAAUUCGCGGCCGCCGAUUGAUAGCAAUAGUCUCAUACUGGAGCGGACAUCGGUGCUGGAGGAUCUGCAGAAGAAGCAGGAAAUCUUUCGGCAUAAUCUGCAGCUGCUGAGCCGCAUCAACAGGAGUCAGCGGCUGCACGGCAUUGUCGACUGCUUCAAUACGACCUACGAGCGUGGCCCGUCGAGUCGGCACAGGGAACGUGUCAAAGCGGAGCGACUGAGUCGCGACAACAGGGAUCUGGGCUGCCGUUUGGCCAUGGCCAAGUCAAAGGUUGACUGCUAUAAUCCAUGGGUGCCGCCACUGCCGCCCAUUGAGCUGAAGGCCUCGCAGCAGACGUUGGUCAAGUACACGCCGUUCAUACCCUCACCGCAGACGGGGCAGAUUGAUCCCCAGGCGCUGCUGCGACCCCUGCUCUACUACGAUCUGGUGGUGGGUGACAAUCAGCCGCUGGGCCGCAUCAGCAUACAGCUGUACACGGAGGUCAGUCCGGAGGUGGUGCUGGAAUUUGUGCGUCUGGCCACCUACAACGAUGUGCAGGGCCAUCGCUUUCUGCGCAUCUUUGCCGAACUUUGGAUGGAGGGUGAGCUGGUGCUGGGCUCCCGGGAUGCACUGCGCCAUCAUCACAGCACCAGGGAUCAGUCGCAGCUGGACCACACACGACUGACGGGUUUCCUCUCCUAUGCGUGGGACUAUCACCAUCACUUUCCCCAGGGUUUGCUCAACUACAGCAUUAGCUUCAAGCCCCUGGCUGUGGUCUCGCUGCAGCGUAUCGUCUUUGGUCGCGUUUUUGGUGGUCACCGCGUGCUGCAGUUGUGCCAGGCAUAUGGCACCAAGAACGGCAAGCCCAAGAGUCAUGUGACCAUCGCACAGUGUGGAUUGCUCUAAUGGGAGUCCCGAGAGGAGUUGCCUCAUUAUC